GCUUUCGGGGGAGAGGAAGACUAGUUUUGCAUAUGGCUGCGCUAUAGAAGCUUUUAGGGGUUGGGCAGCUGCUUGCUUUGAUUGCUAGGUGACUCUGGGAAAUCUUUUGUGGCAGAAAGAUGCUGGACUUGCAGCUCUCUUAUCAAGGAGGUGACUGACAUUUGAAACUGACAUCAAGCCACUGAGAAUUUAAAAGAUGGAGGCAGAUUUGAAUAAGUUAGCGAUUUCUAGGCCAUCCUUUGUUAAACCGGUUGAGAUGACCCCAAGAAUCGGCUCACUGGAUGCCACUGACAUUAAAAGAAAUCUCUACGAAGACUUUUCCUCCAUCUCUGAUAUCAGCCAGAGAGAGAGUUUGGAAUCCAGAGAGAGUAUUUAUGUUUGCCUUCGCAUUAAACCACUUAUGCAAUUGGAAAAAGAGAUUGACUCUCAGGACUGUAUUUCUGUUCUUGACUCAGCAAGCAUUUUAUUAAAAGCCCCCAAGAGCUCUGUGUUAUUUCGGUUUAGUGAAAAAAAUGCGGGACAGAUGGUGCAGAAAUUCACUUUUUCGCAGGUUUUUGGUCCUGAAACCACCCAGGAGGAAUUCUUUGAAGGUGCUGUGAAGCAGUCGGUGCAAGACUUCCUGAGGGGACGGAGUCGCCUGGUGUUCACUUAUGGGGUCACAAAUGCAGGGAAAACAUACACUUACCAAGGUACAGAAGACAAUGCUGGUAUUCUCCCAAGGGCACUGGAAAUGUUGUUUAGAAACAUCCCAGGCAAACCGUAUCCCAAGAUGGACUUCAAACCUCAUAGAUGUCGAGAACAUCGAAAGCUGAAUGAAGAAGAAAUGAGAGAAGAAAUGCUUCUCAAGAACUCCCUGCUUCGUCUCAUGAAAGAGGUAGAUCAUCAGAAUGGCACAAAUGGAAAUCAUAAUGGAACUGUUGAUAAUUCUGAAGAAGUGGAACAACCUUGUGAGGAUGAGAGCAAUAUCAAGUUCUCUGUUUGGGUGUCCUUCUGUGAAAUUUACAACGAAUCUAUUUAUGACUUGCUGCUCCCAACGACCAAUGAUAAGAAAAGGAAGAUCCUGCGCCUUGCGCAGGACAUAAAAGGCUGUUCCUAUGUCAAAGAUCUACAGUGGAUUCAGGUUUCAAAUGCUAAAGAAGCCUUUAAACUCAUGAAACUAGGCCUGAAGAAUCAAAGUUCUGCUUCUACAAAACUGAAUGCUAACUCCAGUCGGAGCCACAGCAUAUUCACUGUAAAAAUGCUUAAAAUAGAUUCCAACAUCAGUCAUGUCAUGCGAGUCAGUGAGUUAUUUCUGUGUGACUUAGCUGGCUCAGAGCGUUGCACCAGAACCCACAAUGAAGGAGAAAGAUUAAAAGAGAGCGGAAAUAUUAAUGCUUCGUUGCUUAUUCUAGGCAAAUGCAUCAGUGCCCUCAAGACCAGUCAGCAGUCAAAGAUGCAGCAACACAUCCCUUUUCGUGAAAGUAAGCUAACUCACUUCUUCCAAGGCUUCUUCAGUGGUAAAGGGAAAGUGUGCAUGAUAGUCAACAUAAGCCCUAGUGCCGCUGUUUAUGAUGAGACGCUCAAUGUGCUGAAAUUUUCUGCUAUUGCUCAAAAUGUCGUUGUCCUCGACUCUUCCAGUUCUCCCCGAGAACAAACGUGUGACCAAAGGUCCAUGAGAGAAGAACUGGAAACAGAAGCAGAAGAAGAAGAUGCGUGUGUUCCCCUUAAGAGAGCAACUAUACUUUGGGAGAGGACUCUGGAAGAUGUGAUUGAAGAUGAAGAAGAGUUGGCUGCUGACAGCAGUGAGAUGCAUGAAGGACACUGCGUGGAGAAUAUCAUUGUCGAAGGGGCAGAGCCUGAGGUGGUGGAAGAGACGCCAAGCCAGGCAGCUGAUGAAGAUGAUGAAGUGGUCAUUGGGAAAGAACGAUAUCUGAGUCUUCUCAGUAUUAUAGAAGAACUGAAAAACAAACUAAUCAAUGAAAGAAAAGAGAAGCUGUUUAUGGAGCUAAGAAUCCGUGAGGAAGUCACGCAGGAGUGUGCUCGAUAUCUUGCUGACAAUGGAAAAAACUUUAAGAUGCUGGCUGCCCGUACACAAGAACUGAUAGAGGACCACUGUGAGGAACGGAUGCAGAUUUACAAGGACCUUGUGAAAGAAUAUAUACCCCUGAUGAAUAAUGGAGGGGGUGUGGUGGAGGAGCCAUCCUCUGAUCAGCAGGACAGACCUCAGGGAGAUGCAGCUAGAGAUCUGAAAAGUUUUGCUGAUUUUGUCUGCAUGGUAGAAUCACUACAACAUAAUAUGUCUGAUAUUAAGCAGGUGGCAGAAACAGUGUUUAGCCUACUUAAUAGCUUGGAAGACCCUGCAGAAACUAUUGAAAAACUGGAAAAGCAAUUGGCUGAUGCUACAGCUGAAUUAUCCAAAAUCCGUAAGGUGCUCCUGGGCAAGAAUGAAGAGAUGAAAAUGCAAGAGAAUGAACUGAGUAAAUCUGCUCAAGUUCUUCACGAGGCUACUGAGAAAAUGGUUCUACAGAGUGAGCGAAUACAAGAGCUAAUGCAAAUUGUGGAGCAAAAGGACAGUGAAAUAAGCAAGCUGAAAGAGCUGGUAGUUCAUUUGGAAGCUUCUGUGAAAGACUCUGAGAAUACGAUCGCUACUAUUAAACAACAAAUGGAACAGGAGAACCAGAACAAGAAAGCAAACUGUGCCCAUUUUAGUGAGUCACUUGAGAAACAUCUGGAUACUGGGAGGAAACGGUGUUUGGAAAGGGAGGAGGAAGAGGAAGGCCCACCUGCAAAGCAAGGAUCCAUUAAUGACAGUUCUAAAGGCACCACAGAGACAAAGCAACUUGAAGAAAUCCAACCAUUUGCUUUCAAAGAAGAGAGAGAAAAGGUGGAACUGGAACAAAAGACCAAGGUGCUAGAAGUUCACCUGGCUGCACUUGGAGAGCAGUUGGAAAAAGAGAGAAGCAAGAGUGAGGGCUUGGCUAGAGAAAUAGCUAGUUUGUCUCAAGAGCUUUCUUCUUCAGAAGAAUAUGCUUCUGGCUUGAGAAGGGAACUGCACCAAGAGCAGACCAGCAGUGAGGAGAUGAUGUCUGAGUUAGCUGGCCUGAAAUCUCUAAAUAAGGAGCAAGAGGUAAAAAUACAGGUGCUUCAUGAAAAACUAGAGGCUGUGAGCCAAAUGAUUGCAGAAAAAAAAUCCAAAGUAAAAGCCGUUGAGGUAAAAAUAGGCAUGCUAAGCAGAUUAAAUCCAGAUGGCCCUGCCACAGAAGCUGACCUGUCAAAUUGGAAGGAGCAGGGAGAGCUUUCAAAAGAUGGGUGUGAAGAAAUUUCUGUCCACCUGGGUCGGAAAAGCUCAUUUCACUGUGGUAUUGAAAGCAUCUGGGAAAUGAGCAAGAGAAUCAUUGAUGGUUCUUCUCAGAAGAGCAGUCAGAUCGAAGAUCUCAAAAGACAAGUAGAGCAGUUGCAAAGGAGGACUGUGAAUGCUAAAGAAGAGACAUCUCGGCUGCAGUCUCAGCUAAGUGAAGCUCUCUGUCAAGCCGAAGCAUCUUUACAGGAAAAGGAGCACCUCCUAGGUCUGUUAAAGGACCUGCGAGAAGAAAAUGCUCUCUGUUCUGAGAAAUACAGGGCAGAAGAGAAGAAAACCCUUGAAUACCUCAAAAAGAUUAAAAACCUCAAUGGCCUCUUGGAACAGCAUCGAGCUAAAGAGGGCCAUAUAGCUGCUUUGGAACAAGCACUUAAAGAGAGAAACACUGCAGUUUUAGUUGCAGAAAAAGAGGCACAUGAACUUCAAGGGAAACUUGCUGUUUCGGAAUCUGAGAUCAGAAGCUUAAAUGAUCAGGAACUGCAGCUAAAGAAAGAAGUCCAAGAGCUGAAGAAUAACUUGACGGCUAUUGACCUUCUGGAAAAGGAGAGAGAGGAAUCCAAGCAAGCUAUUCUGCGGUUGAAGGAAGAUCUUCUUGAAAGCACUGCUCUUUCCUCCCAGCUGCAAGUGGAAAUCCGUCAGAAAGAAGAAGAAUAUGCAGACCUGAAAGAGAAGUUGGCUGAUGCAAAAAAACAGAUCGAGCAAGUGCAAAGAGAGGUGUGCACCAUGCGUACUGAAGAGAAAUUAUUGCGGAACAGAGCGAGUGAACUUGAAAAAUCUAAAAAGCAGCUGGUCGAGGAGUUAGAAAUCAAACAGCGAACAAUCCAGCAAUUUAAGAAGGAAGAACUUAACAAGAAACUGGAGAAUGUUUUACAACAAUACCAGAAGGCAUGUGAAGAUCUCUCUUCCAAGGACAAGAUCAUCGAAGAUAUGAAACUGACUUUAGAGGAGCAGGAACAGACUCAGUCGGAGCAAGAUCAAGUACUUGAGGACAAGAUAGCAGACUCCGAAAGGUUAGCAGCUGAGCUGCAAGGAUGGAAAAAGAGGUACCACGAGCUAGAGGAGCGGAGCAGUGCUUCUGGGCAACAACGUGCUAAUGCAGAAUGCAAAGACACUGCCAAGUUGCCUAGUGAAGAACUGGAGAGAUUGCAAGAGAAACUGAAGGAGUGUGAAGAAAAACAUCAAACAGAUCGCAAAAAGUGGUUGGCAGAAAAAAUGAUCCUCAUAACUCAGGCCAAAGAAGCGGAGACUCAUCGUAACAGAGAGAUGAAGAGAUUUGCCGGAGACCGAGAACAGCACACAAAGCAGCUAGCAGAAGCGGAAAACCUUGUGGCAGAAAAAGAGAAUGACCUUCAAAAAUGGCGUGCUGAGAGAGAUGAGCUGGUGGCAGCUUUGGAAGUUCAGCUUAGCUCCUUGAUUUCUAGCAAUGCACAAAAAGAUGCCAAAAUAGAAGAGCUGAAAAAGGAAGCACUGAAAGCUCCCACACAGGAGCAAGAAACUGCCCUAAAAGAACUUAGAAGGCAAUUGGCUGAGAGAGACAACAUUAUUCAGGAAUUAAAUCAUAGUUAUAUAAACUCUAAAACCACAAUACUGCCCAUGCCAGGAGAAGCCAAACAUCAAGUGGAAGAUUUCCAUGGUUGUAAGCUUAAAGAAAAGCAAAUUGAGUCAGUAAACUGCAAUCGUGUUGGGGACACAGAUCCACAGCUGCAACAUUCUAGUAGGGCAUCUUCAGUAGAAGAUAUUCAGGACCAGUCGGAAAUCAUCCUAGAUUCUUGUGAAGUGUCUUCAGAGAGUGACAAAACUAGCCGCUUUCCAAAGCCUGAAAUGGAAAUUCAUUUUACGCCUCUGCAACCCAAUAAGAUGGAAGUGAAACAUCAAGGCAGUCCUUCUGCAGUGACUGUAAAAGUGCCCAAGGCAAGGAAAAGAAAGAGCAGCACAAUGGAGGAGGAGGAUGUGAAGAAUGCUGUGUCUCCAGCAAAUGGUUCAUCAAGCAGACAAAAGAAAAGGACUGUUCCUGAUCUGUCUCUUAAGAAAAAUUAUUCCCUGAGAAGUAAACAUAAGCAUUUUGUUGAAAGUGUAACAUCACCAGGAAACAAAGGUGGAUCCUUGCACAAAUUUGGCUCGUUAUUGCAGAGCUCUCCUACAAUCAUUCACUCGAAAGCCAAGAAAUUGAUGGCAACAAUAAAAUCUCCCAAGUCUGUGGAGGAGGGAUCUGUCAAAGAAAAUGAUCUCAAGCCAAAAAGAGCCAAGCGAAGGCUAUAUAACACUGACAUUUCUUCCCCGAUGGAGUUUUCUGGGCAUGUGAUUGUUAUGGAUGACAAGGAAAGCCAUCACGAAAUCAUCAAGCGGCAGCUCCGAACAAAGAAAACAUAAUUUCCCCUCCACACACACACACUGCAGGAUCAUGUGUCUAAUGUUAAGUUUUGGUGGUGGACUUCCAGAACAUCGCUCUUCCUCAGUAGAUGAAAGCGAGUGGAUUAGAAACUGUUCUUAACUAAAUGUAUAUAGUAAUCUUUGUGUCCUCUGUUUCAUGUUCCCAAGAUUCCUCUGUAGAUUUUCUUUGUUGUACUGAAGUUUACUAAAAAUGGAAGAGAUUAAAUGUAUUGCUAUAUA